CUCCGGGGGUAAACAAGAGGAACAAAGAGAAACUAGUUUCUCCCAGUUCUGAGCUCGCCAUUGUUAUAUUUUCCUUUUCCUGCUGUUCGAGGAAUAAAAGGAAUGGACACAGAAAGGCGCCGGAGUUUGGUGUGCCAGUGGGAUCGGCUUUCACGAGAGAAGGUAUGUCUUCCCUUUGCGAUUAUGACGAGUUUUGAGUUCAUCGUUUGCUGAAUUAGAGAACAUAGCUGCUUGGUUGAGUAGGGUUCUGAACUUUCUGGGUUCUGGCUUUUUUGAGAUGUAUCUAAAAGAAGGGCGUUCAUUGUUAUUGAGCUUGAGAAACAGCAAGAAAUCACUCCCCUUCGUUUUCAACACGAACCCACAUCUUAAUCUCGAUCCCCAAUACGAAAGAAGCCAUCCUAUUCUCAAAGAAUCCCAGGUAUUGACCAGGUUAGAGAAUGAGCCCAGCAUUUCAAUAGCUCUAGACUACUUCAAGUCGAUUGCCAAUUCAAAAGCCUUCAGACAUACCGCGCUAACGUACAGAACCAUGAUUCGGAGGCUGGGUGAUGAAGGCAAUGUUGAUGGCAUUCAGUACCUUCUUCAUCAGAUGAAAUUAGAAGGACUUCAUUGUAAUCCCGGCUUGUUUGUGAACGUGAUAAACAGUUUUGUGAAAGUGGGGUUAUCUGAACAGGCGUUGAAGUUGUUCUAUAGGAUCGAUGAAUUUGGUUGCAAGCCGACUGUCAAGAUGUAUAAUCUCCUUUUGGAUGCAUUGCUUAGUGAGAAUAGGUUUGAGAUGGUCAGUUCCACAUACAGGAUUAUGAAGGCAGAUAGAGUGGAACCAAAUGUUUAUACUUACAACAUUCUCUUGAAAGCUAUGUGUAAGAAUAAUCGGGUGGAUGCUGCUCGGAAGUUGCUCUUGCAAAUGCCGGAUAAGGGUUGUGACCCUGAUGUUGUUAGCUAUACUACUGUAAUAUCAUGUAUGUGUAAUCUUGGGAAUGUGGAUGAAGCUAAAGAGCUUUCAACUAGAUUUCAACCUUCCGUGCCUAUGUAUAAUGCUCUGAUCAAUGGCUUCUGUAAGGAGGAAAGAAUUCAGGAGGCGAUGAAGUUGUUAAACCAAAUGGUGGAGGAUGGAGUUCCCCCAAAUGUCAUAACUUACUCGACAGUUAUAAGCUCACUUGCAGACAGAGGGAAUGUUGAGCUAGCUCUAGCUGUGUUUUGUAAGAUGUUUGUACGGAAUUGUACCCCGAAUCUCCACACAUUUUCUUCAUUGAUUAAGGGGUAUUUUGCUUACGGGAGAUGUCAUGGAGCACUCGCUGUUUGGAAUCGGAUGAUUAGUGAAGGAGUUGAGCCUAACUUUGUAGUGUACAACACACUUCUCCAUGGUCUCGCCUCCCGUGGAAGGAUGGAAGAAGCCAUAUCGGUGUUCAACACAAUGGGGAAAUAUGGAUGGUCGGCCAACAUUACUACCUAUGGAACUCUCAUCGAUGGCUUUGCUAAAUCGGGCGAUCUUAUUGGCUCAUCCGAGACAUGGAACAGGAUGAUCAACUCGGGUUGUGUUCCUAAUGUUGUUGUCUAUACCUCGAUGGUGGAUGCUCUCUGUAGAAACUCCAUGUUCAACGAAGCACAUUGCCUUAUAGAAAGCAUGGCAGCUGAGAAUUGCCUUCCAAACACAGUCACAUUCAAUGUGUUCAUCAAACAUUUGGCUUGCGGAGGAAGGACAGAAUGGGCUGUGAGGGUCCUCGAUGGAAUGGGCCGAUACGGGUGCUCGCCUAAUGCCACGACUUACAAUGAACUGCUUGUAGGUGUUCUCCAAUCAGGAGUAAAACAAGGUAUCGAUCUUUUUAAAGAGAUGGAAGAAAGGGGGAUUAUGCCGAACUUACUCACUUAUAACUCCAUUCUGCAUUUGGUUUCUCGUGCUGGAAUGGUUGAUAUCGCUCUGCAGCUUGUUGGUAAGAUGGUGGUUUUAGGCAUGAAGCCCGAUGCUUUUACAUUUAAUAUGGUCAUUGAUGCUUAUUCUAGGCAAGGGAAGGUUGACACCGCAAUCCGGGUAAUGGAAGGAUUGAGUUCUGGAGGUAAGUGGUCUCCUGACAGUGCUGCUUACACUAACAUUCUAUGGGGGAUCUGUAAUGAGUUCGGGGUAGAGAAGGCCAGCUCUGGUUUGGAAAAGAUGGUUGAAACUGGUGUCUUCCCUAAUGUCGCCACGUGGAAUGUCUUGGUCAGGGGAUUGUUCACUAGCUUAGAUAAUGUAGGAUCAGUUUCUUUGUUUGGUGAUAUCAUAUCUGAUAAUGGCUAGAGACAUAAAUCACCGAAAGUUAGUUGGGUGAUAGAAAUGGAUUUGAUUGAAUGGGGUUCCUUGUUCAAGCUGUAGUGUUUGGAUAUAUUGCCCAUGUGCUCAUUGAAAUAGCUGGUUGGAAGUUGUAUAUGAGUUGGGGAAUUGAAUAACCCACAUCAGGACACUCCAUGUUCAAUGUAAGUAUGCUAUUUUUGGUCAGCAUCUAAUGUUCAGAUUUGGUGACGGUGACAAUCAUGGACUCGGUUCCACUGAGCAACCGUAUGGCCUUGUUUGGAAACCGUAGAUGUUUUCCGGUGACCGGAUUCCUCACCGUCAAUGGCCCUGUACUAUUUAUUCAGCGGUGUAUUUAUUAAAAUCCCAGUAAUCAGUUCGCUAAUUGUCAGUGAAACUUUAAUUUUAAAAUUAAAAUUCAAAACGCAC